GGUUCAACCGCAAACGAGGCGCCAAGCGAGAGGAUCGAUUUGCUUACCACGUUCAACGGGUGAAAGUAGUGUGUAGUGAAAGAAAAUGCAAUCCUCCAAAAAUCCAUUUGUGAUCGGUGUCGACGUGGGCACGGGCAGUGCCCGCGCAGCCCUGGUCAACAGUACGGGAAAGGUGCUGGAAACGUGUGUGAAACCGAUCCGCACCUGGAACGAUCAGCCCAAUUACUACGAGCAAUCAUCGGACGAUAUUUGGCAAGCCGUUUGCCACUGUGUCAAGUCUGUCUGCAAUGCCUACAAGAAGGAAGAUAUUAUGGGCAUCGGGUUCGAUGCGACCUGCUCGCUAGUUGCGCUGGACAAAAACAUGCAACCGCUAACGGUCAGUCCUUCGUCGAACGAUCACCAACGAAACGUAAUCCUCUGGAUGGAUCAUCGGGCGGAAGAGGAAGCGCGGACGAUCAACGCGACCCGACACUGGAUGCUUAACUACGUUGGAGGAAGCAUUUCACUCGAGAUGCAGCUACCGAAAUUGCUCUGGUUAAAGCGUCAUAUGGCCCAGACCGUGACGAGUUUGGCCGGAGCCUUUUUCGAUCUUCCCGAUUACCUGACGUACCGUGCAACCGGUGACGAUAGUCGAUCGAUUUGUUCGGCCGUCUGUAAGUGGAACUAUGAUGCGGAACAACGUGUCUGGUGCGACGAGUUUCUGCAACAGAUUAACUUGUCGGACGAAUUGAGCCGUGCAGAUUGGAAGCUUAUUGGGCACCGGGUGCUUGAUCCUGGUACACCUAUUGGCAAAGGUCUAUCGGAAGCCGCCGCUCGAGAACUUGAUUUACUACCGGGAACGGCGGUUGCGACAUCUAUGAUCGAUGCACAUGCCGGUGCCCUUGCACUGUUCGGAUGUCGCAGGGAGAUUGGCGCAGGCGAUGAUGAGAAGGUUACAUCGAAAAUGGCCAUCAUUUGUGGUACUUCGUCGUGUCAUAUGAGCCUCACGGAGAAGUCUGUGAUGGCACCCGGUAUCUGGGGCCCAUACAAGCAUGCCAUCAUCCCGGACCUCUACUUGAACGAAGCAGGACAGAGCGCUACCGGUGUGCUGAUUGAUCAUAUCGUGCAAACACACCCGUGCUACGGUACGCUGCUGCAGGAACACGGCUCCAAUAGUGGCAUUUAUGGGUACCUCAACACACUCCUACUGGAGUUAGCAAAGGAACGAACCGCCGGAUUUGUACACCGUUUGACAAUCGAUUUGCAUGUUUGGCCGGACUUUCAUGGCAACCGUUCACCGCUAGCGGAUCCCAAUCUCACGGGAAUGAUUUGUGGAUUGCGAAUGACGAAAGACGUGGAGAGUUUGGCGUUGCUUUACCUCGCACUCAUACAAGCAUUGGCGUACGGUACCCGUCACAUACUGGAUGUGCUAAAGUCAUCUGGCCGGGAGCCUAUUACAUCGAUUCUGCUGUGUGGAGGUUUAAGCAAAAACAGCCUCUUCGUGCAGACGCAUGCCGACGUUUGUUCUAUUCCGGUACUGCUACCUACUGAACCAGAAGCCGUUCUACUAGGUUCGGCCAUGAUGGGAGCAUACGCUGCAGGUCUUUACGAAAGCCUGGAGUCAGCUGCAUCGAGCAUGGGCGGUAAGGCGACAAUCGUUACUCCGGAUUUGAGUGAAGCAACUCACGAUUAUCACGAGAGAAAGUAUCGGAUCUUUCAACGCAUGUACCUUGAUCAGCGGGGGUACGAACGUAUCAUGAAAGGCUGAUGUACAUGUCGAACAACGGCGAAUCAACAGUCUAUUUCCAAUAUUCCAACCUACAUUGAAACAGAAGUUUCUCAUUACUUUUAAAAGGUGAUUAAAAGCUUGCUCGUUGAGAUUGAUCCGUGAUAGUUGCAUUUUUAGAACUGGUUUGUUUGCACAUUUUACAUGGGUUACCUAUUGUUUGCUGUACGUGAUCUACGCAAUAAAAGCGGCAGCUUUCGUCUCUAU